CCGCGCCCCGCAGAAACUACAGAAAUAAAAUAAAAUUAUACUAAGACAUUCCAAGCCUCAAAGUCUCUUUCUAUACGUUGAGUCGAGUAUAGUCUCAGUCAAACCAAGAUGCUGUAUUUAGUAGGCCUAGGUCUCUCCGAUGAGACCGACAUCACCGUAAAAGGCCUUGAAAUUGUGAAGAGAGCUUCGCGCGUCUACCUUGAAGCGUAUACGAGUAUUCUCCUGGUAGAUCAGUCUAUCUUGGAAAAAUACUAUGGUAGAUCCAUCGUAGUGGCAGACCGAGAAAUGGUCGAGUCUAACAGUGACGAAAUCCUCCGCGAUGCGCAAACAGAAGACGUCGCAUUUCUAGUCGUCGGUGACCCUUUCGGAGCUACUACACACACCGACCUCGUUCUUCGGGCGCGCGAGCUUUCGAUCCCCGUCCAGACGGUUCCUAAUGCGUCUAUCAUGUCGGGGAUCGGCGCUACGGGACUUCAGUUAUACAACUUCGGCCAGACCGUAUCUAUGGUGUUCUUCUUAGAUAAUUGGCGCCCGGCGUCGUUUUACGACCGCAUCAAGGAGAACCGAGAGAUUGGCCUUCAUACGCUCGUACUGUUAGACAUCAAGGUCAAAGAACAAAGCUUAGAGAAUAUGGCACGGGGCAGGAAAAUUUACGAGCCUCCUAGAUACAUGACGGUCGGCCAGUGCGCGCAGCAGAUGCUCGAAAUCGAAGAGGAGAAGAAAGAGGGUGUCUAUGGACCGGAUAGCCUAGCCGUCGGCGCUGCGAGGGUCGGCGGCCGAACGGAGAAAUUCGUCGCAGGAACAUUACGUCAACUUUGCGACGCCGACGAAGCUCUAGGACCACCAUUACACAGCUUGGUGUUACUCGGAAGACGGGCACAUGAGCUGGAGAGAGAUUAUACGCGAGACUUUGCCGUCGACAAGGAGAUAUGGAACACAAUAUGGAAUAGGGACUACGGUAAACAAUGAAGACACCAUCAACUGCAGCUAAGAUAUUUCAAUUGAGGACUAGCUUGAGU